CCGUCGCGCAGUGCGCACACAAGUCUUUGCGCGUGCGCAAGCGCUCGGCGCAGAGGCCUGCCGGAAGCCAAGAUGGCGUACAAGUGGUCGCCAGGCCGCAGUUGGCGCCUAGUCAGUGUCUGAGCGGGGUGUUUUGGAAGGGGCGGUGGCGAACGCCCUGUCCGCCAACAUGGCCCGACAUCGGAAUGUCAGAGGCUAUAACUACGAUGAAGAUUUUGAAGAUGAUGAUUAUUAUGGCCAGUCUGUGGAGGAUGAUUACUGUAUUUCUCCAUCAACAGCUGCUCAAUUUAUUUACUCACGACGUGACAAACCUUCAGUUGUUGAGCCUGUAGAAGAAUAUGAUUCUGAAGAACUGAAACAAUCUUCCAACUCUCUUUCAAACCAUCAGCUAAGUGGAAUUGAUCAAGCUCGUCUUUAUUCAUGCCUUGAUCACAUGAGAGAGGUACUUGGAGAUGCUGUGCCAGAUGAAAUACUCAUAGAAGCAAUUCUGAAGAACAAGUUUGAUGUGCAGAAGGCUUUGGCGGUGGUUCUGGAACAAGAUAACCUACCGAAUUUGAAGGACAAGAGAGAGAGAGUAGUAACUACGGGAAAGACAGCAAAAGGAAAAUCAGUAAGUUCCCAGGCAUCUCGAAGUGAAUCUGAAAUUGUGCCAAAAGUUGCUAAAAUGACUGUAUCUGGAAAGAAGCAAACUAUGGGAUUUGAAGUGCCUGGAGUAACUUCCCAAGAGAACGGUCAUGGUUUCCACACACCUCAGAAAGGUGACGAUACCAGCAGUGCUGCUUCUGGUGGCGGUCUGGAGCACACGGCGAAAUCCGCUCCCGCGCCUCACACGGGGCAGGUGUCGGAAGAACAGAGCUCCCCGGCGGCGCUGGUGAAGAAGCCCGGCAGGCUGCGGCAGCAAAUCGAUGUGAAAGCCGAACUGGAGAAGCGGCAAGGAGGGAAGCAGCUCCUCAACUUAGUGGUCAUUGGUCAUGUUGAUGCUGGGAAAAGUACUCUGAUGGGCCAUAUGCUUUAUCUCCUGGGUAAUGUAAACAAAAGAACUAUGCAUAAGUAUGAACAGGAAUCUAAAAAGGCUGGCAAAGCUUCGUUUGCAUAUGCAUGGGUCUUGGAUGAGACUGGUGAAGAAAGAGAAAGGGGAGUGACAAUGGAUGUUGGUAUGACAAAGUUUGAAACCACAACCAAAGUUAUUACAUUAAUGGAUGCUCCAGGCCAUAAGGAUUUUAUUCCCAAUAUGAUUACAGGAGCAGCCCAGGCAGAUGUAGCUGUAUUAGUUGUAGAUGCCAGCAGGGGGGAGUUUGAAGCUGGAUUUGAGACUGGAGGCCAGACACGAGAGCAUGGCCUUCUGGUCCGAUCUCUUGGAGUGACACAGCUUGCAGUUGCGGUCAACAAAAUGGAUCAGGUUAAUUGGCAGCAAGAAAGGUUUCAAGAAAUUACUGGAAAACUUGGGCACUUUCUUAAGCAAGCAGGUUUUAAGGAGAGUGAUGUAGCUUUUAUCCCUACAAGUGGUCUCAGUGGUGAAAACCUAAUCACAAGAUCUCAGUCAAGUGAGCUCACAAAGUGGUAUAAAGGACUAUGUUUAUUAGAACACAUUGAUUCCUUCAAGCCUCCUCAACGAUCCAUUGAUAAGCCUUUUAGAUUAUGUGUGUCUGAUGUUUUCAAAGAUCAAGGAUCUGGAUUUUGUGUGACUGGUAAAAUUGAAGCUGGUUAUAUCCAGACUGGUGACCGACUACUAGCAAUGCCUCCAAAUGAAACUUGCACUGCAAAAGGAAUCACUCUGCAUGAUGAACCUGUCGACUGGGCUGCAGCGGGUGACCAUGUUAGCCUUACUUUGGUUGGGAUGGAUAUCAUCAAAAUCAAUGUUGGCUGCAUAUUUUGUGGUCCCAAAGAACCGAUUAAAGCUUGUACUCGUUUCAGAGCCCGAAUCCUCAUCUUUAAUAUUGAAAUUCCUAUCACUAAAGGAUUUCCUGUGCUGUUACACUACCAGACUGUCAGUGAACCUGCUGUGAUCAAACGCUUGAUUAGCGUCUUGAACAAAAGCACCGGUGAAGUCACGAAGAAGAAGCCCAAGUUGUUGACUAAAGGCCAGAAUGCAUUGGUGGAACUACAGACACAAAGACCAAUAGCACUGGAGCUGUAUAAGGACUUUAAGGAGCUGGGGAGGUUUAUGCUACGCUACAGUGGUUCUACGAUAGCUGCUGGUGUCGUCACUGAGAUAAAAGAAUGAUGGAUCCGAAUUUCAGAGCAUCUCCAAAUACAAUGAAAUAACUAACCUCAGGAUUUAAAGAAUCCAGUUAUUCAUGUAAAGGAACAAUGUAUACGGAUAAAUUGAUUUUUUUAAUUGGGGAAAAAAUUAAAGAUAUAAUUAACUGCAAAGAAGUAUAUUAAAAAUCACUCCCACAAAAAAAGUUGCCAACUGAGAAAGAAAGUCUAGUGUGCUUUCAUUUGAAAAACCAGCUUUCCCUUCGAAAUGUUGGUGAAUGGAUUGACUUUGCUGAGAUUUUAUGGCAAGUGUGAGAAACAGUAUUAGAAGAUAUAAUUAUCAUGCAGUGCACCCUUCUUCCUGGCAGACCACAGAAUAUUUGCAGUUUUCUCUUUUGAUUCAACUGAACUGCACACAUUUUAAGGAAAAGUAAUUAAACUGGGAUUUUUGAGGUUGUUGACAUUUGAACUGGGCCCCUUUUUUUGUUAACUCUAAGAUUUGCUGAAUGUUACAAUAAAAGCAUUUUGUGUUGAGCAUACAUAUGUUCCUCCAACAAGUAAACUUUUGAAAGCUUAAUUUGGAAUUAGUGGAAGCUGUUCCUUUCGCGCCCGAGACAUUAUUUAAGUUGUAAAGCCUGCUAAUAAAAUACUAUAGUCUGAGCAUAA